AUGGAGAAUGAGACUCUAGUGUCCCAGUUUCUUCUGGAAGGUCUGACGGAUACAAAAGAGUUGAGACCCCUUCUCUUUGCUGUCUUCUUAUUGAUCUACAUAGUGGCUAUAGUUGGGAACCUGGGCAUUGUCAGCCUUAUUGUACUGGACUCCCGACUCCAUACUCCCAUGUACUUCUUCUUGGGCAAUCUCUCACUGCUGGACGCUGCUUAUAUCUCCAACACAGUGCCUCAGGUGCUGGUGCAUCUGCUAGCUGCAGUGCGAACCAUGCCGUAUCAUUCUUGUCUUAUCCAGAUAUUCUUUCUUCACUUUCUGGCACCCUGGGAGUGCUUCCUUCUCACAGCCAUGGCAUAUGACCGCUAUGCAGCCAUCUGCCAGCCACUGUACUACCUAGUUCUCAUGGGCCGACGGACCCGGACAGGACUUACUUCAAUCUCCUGCCUGCUUGCCUUAACCAAUGCACUCACCCACACCAUCCUCGCAGCUCUACUCAAGUUCUGUGGGCCUCGCCUUGUCACUCACUUUUUCUGUGACCUCCCUCCACUGCUCAAACUUUCUUGCUCAAGCACCCGGGCCAAUGAACUUGCCCUGUUCUUCUUCAGUUUUAUUGUGGCCCUUGCACCCUGUGCCUUGGUUGUAAUCUCCUAUAUAUACGUUGUGGCUGCUGUUGUCAGGAUUCGCUCAGCUGAGGGCCGAAGAAAAGCCUUUUCUACAUGUGGUGCCCACAUUAGUAUAGUUUGCAUCUUCUACCUCACUUCAGUCCUUUGCUACAUCCUUCCCAGCUCUGCAUAUUCACGUUUGAGAGAUCGAGUGCUAUCCGUGCUUUAUGUGGUUCUCACUCCCAUGCUCAACCCCAUCAUCUACAGCAUGCGCAACAAGGAAGUGAAGAAAGCUUUGCAGAAGGCCCUGGGGAAAGAAAGAGCCUGA